AUGGCUGACGCUCAAUUCGACAGUGCACUGGACCUCCUCCGGCGUCUCAACCCCCGCGACACCAAGCGCAACCUCCAGGCAAUCACAACUGUGGUCCCCGAUCUCACCGAAGACCUCCUCUCCUCCGUCGACCAGCCCCUGGAGAUUCGCCGUUGUCCGAAGACCAAGCGCGACUAUCUGCUCUGCGAUUACAACAGAGACGGUGACAGCUACCGGUCACCCUGGAGCAAUGAAUUCGAUCCACCGCUUGAUGACGGAACUGUGCCUAGUGAGCGGGUGAGGAAGCUCGAGGUUGCGGCCAACGAGGCCUUUGAUGUUUAUCGUGAUUUGUACUAUGAGGGCGGUGUUGGGAGUGUUUACUUCUGGGAUUUGGAUGAUGGGUUUGCGGGUGUUAUUCUUUUGAAGAAGGGAGUUACGCCGGGUGCGAAGAGCUCAGGGGAAUGGGACAGUAUCCACGUCUUCGAAGCCACCGAUCGGGCACGCAUGUCCCAUUACAAGCUCACCAGUACCGUCAUCCUUCAUUUGUCCAACGGAAACGAGAGCCUGGGUGAGAUGGAUCUUAGCGGCAACAUGACCCGCCAGGUGGAAGUGGACUUGCCUGUUGACUCGGAUGCAAGCCACGUUGCCAACGUUGGUAGACUGGUUGAGGAUAUGGAAUUGAAGAUGAGGAACUUGCUGCAGGAGGUCUACUUUGGAAAGGCCAAGGACGUGGUGGGAGAACUCCGGAGUCUUGCUCCUCUGUCCGAGACGAACAGGGACAGAGCUGCUCAACUGGAGAUGAUCAAGUCCUUGCAGAGGUAG